CAGAACAACCCCUGUCGCUUACUCCCUGUGUGGGCUGCUGGCAGCCGGCACAGUGGCGCUGGCCCUCUACGCGAGAUACAUGGAGGAGGCGCUGCGCGUGCUGUUCCUGUGGCGUUCCGAGGCCGAGGAACAGCGGGAGCGCGCAGCCGACAUCCGGCGCCGCAAUGAGGCGCUCGUCUACAACAUCCUGCCGCCGCACGUGGCGGCGCACUUCAUGGGGUCGCGCAAGCGCCAGCACGAGGAGCUCUACAGCCAGAGCUACGCCGAGGUGGGCGUGCUCUUCGCCUCCAUGCCCAACUUCUCCGAUUUCUACUCUGAGGAGACAGUGAACAACCAAGGUCUGGAGUGCCUUCGUUUUCUCAAUGAAGUUAUCUCCGAUUUUGACGCGCUUCUGGAAGAGCCUAAGUUCCAGGAUAUCAUCAAGAUCAAGACAAUCGGAUCCACGUACAUGGCGGCCAGUGGACUCAACCCCUCGCGCCAGAUGAAGGCCGACGACCCGGUGGAGGUGCGCUGGGCGCAUCUGUCGCUGCUGGUGGAGUUCGCGCUGGAGCUAAAGCGCGCGCUGCAGGGCAUCAACGAGCAGAGCUUCAACCACUUCGUACUCAAGAUGGGUGACGGACGAGACGACCGCCAUCUUGCGUCAUUUCGGCUACACGUUCGAGCAGCGCGGCCUGGUGUCCGUGAAGGGCAAGGGGCAGCUGAUGACGUACUACCUCAUCGGCAAGGAAGACGGCGCGGGUGGCGGCGGCGGCGGCGGGCGGGGGCGGGGCGGCGGGCGGCCGGGCGGGCCGGCAAGCGGAAGGAGCGGCGGGGGGGCUUGAGCGGGGCCGGCGAAAAGACCUCUGGCCUCCGUCCCCAAUCGCCGCGGCCGGACGACGCGGGCGAAGCGUCGGGGCGGGGGCCGGGGCGGGGGCCGGGCGCGGAGGCGGGCCGGCGCGACGACGCGGCCCAAAGAAGCGGAGCUCCACUGAACCGCCGUAAGGACCUCGCCCGCCCCGCCCCGCCCUGCACGCCCCCGCCCGUGGCCGCGGCCUACGUUGGGCCAGGCCGACUCCACAGG